ACUGGUGGACCAAAGACCAACGCCCAGAAGUGGAACCUCAAGCACGUUACGCCAGGGUCUAUUGCAUGGGCUGCCAUCAUUGCAAUCUUUUUGCUAUUGCCCGAUACCGAAUUUCAGAAGUCAGGCACAGGAAAGUCCUCUGGCAUCAACUACAAGGACCUUUUCUUUCACUACAAGAAACUCUUGCUCACCAAGUGGGACAGCUGCUGCAUCCAGACCAUUGUGCAAAACAUCGACUGA